AUUGAAAACUUUAAAAAAAGCAGAAGUUGCCCAAAUAAUCUCUUUUUCUCAGAACGAUUUCUCAGAUUUCUUACAACGCGACAUCACAGCGAGCUUACUCUUUCUCUCUGGGAACGACUUCCUCUGCGCUACAUUCAAAAUUGAAGGAUAAGAUGGAAGAUGAACGAAGAUGGGAGGACUUAAAGAUGGACUGCUUGGUGAAAGUAUUUGAAAGAGUUGGAGUGGAGUCGCUGCUGUUGGAUGUCCCUUUUGUGUGCAAGUCGUGGCACAAAGCAACCCUAAAUCCUUCAUGCUGGAAAAAUCUUGUUUUCCCUGAAUUUGAACCCGAACCUUUUGAGUUCGAUCCAUAUCCCUUUUACGAUAGAUUUCUUACUGAAUAUCGGGUCGGUGAGGAUCGCUUCUCUGUCACUGAUUUUAUAAAGCUUGUAGUCAAUCGUAGCCGCGGAAGUGCUGUUUCUGUCAAGCUACCUGGUUGCUGCACAGAUGAAGCGUUUGAGCAUGUUGCUAAUGUGUGUCCUGACAUUGUGAUUCUGGGUUUACCCAGAUUUCUGCUGUAUGGUAGCAUAAAUGUAGAAUUAAUUGGAAAGUUCAAAUGGUUGGCGAUACUGUCUUUGGGCUGCUGCCACAAAUUGGAGAAUAUACUUGCCGUGGUUAGCGUCCGCUGCAAGUUUCUUCUUCAUUUAAUCUUGUCGAAUGCAAACGUUGGAAAAGAUGAGGCAACGGCGAUUGUCAACUUGGUGCCUAAUAUCAAGCGGCUUACCCUGCAUCGGGCAAACAUUGAUAGGGACAGUCUCGUCGUUUUACUGCAGGGCUGCAAAGAUCUUGAUUAUUUGGAUGCCAGUGAUUGUAUUGGGUUUAAUGAGGACGAUGAGGAGAUAUCUCAGCUAGCUUCCAACAUUAAGAUGUUUAUGUGCGAGGGAUCAAAAGAGCGCUCUGAAAUUUCUGUUGCUAUGGAAGCUAUGAUGUCGGAAAUGCAGAACUUUGAUUUCUCUCAAUUCUCUACAAUGUUUGCUGAGGUUGAUGGUGAUGAAGAAGAGGUUGACGAGGAGGUUAAUGAGUGAAGGAAGUUCAACACCAAACAUCUGAUGAUGUUCUAAAAUAUCGCACAUUAAAUUAUAUAAUUUGCUCUAAACGUGAAUGCUUAGCAUAUAUAGUUUGUAAAAUUAUUAUCGUCCAAAAUCCCUAUUUCGUUUAGGGGACUGUAACUUGUGUUUAUACUUAUGAAGAUAUCGCAUAUGUUAGACCUAUAUUUCCAA